AUGUCUGGAUACACACAAAUCGAAUCUGACAUUCCUGAAUCACCAAUACUCAAUGAUUCGGGAGCAUAUACAGCUGCGCCCUCGGUUACCAACGGAUCAAUACCACAGCCCGCUGUCGAGCGUACGUUGCUUCAACGACUCAAGGAGUCAUCGCACCCUCUUGCAUUGCUGUUUUACAUAUUCUUCAGAAUCGCACCUAUAUUCAUGUAUUUAUUCGGAAAUCUAUUUCUCGCGUUGAUCACCAAAGAGAGCAGGUUCAUACUCCAUUUUAUCAUUCUUGUUCUCUUAAUCUCUGCAGACUUUUGGAAUCUCAAGAAUAUAUCUGGAAGGCUCUUGGUAGGAUUGAGGUGGUGGAACGAAAUUACUGCUAAGGAGGGCACGUCUGAGUUCGAGAAUGUCUGGGUAUUUGAGACUGCUGAUCCUGAUCGAUACAUUAAUCCAAUUGACUCCAAAGUUUUCUGGACUCUAUUAUAUGUUCAGCCGGUAGCAUGGGGUGUACUUGGUAUAAUGGCUGUAUUGAAAUUGGAGCUUCUCUACUUGAUUUUGAUUGUCAUCAGUAUUUCAUUGUCAUUGACCAAUGCUGUUGCCUUCACCAAGUGCGACAAGUUUGGGAAGGCGAAUCUCAUGGCCAACGACUUUUUUUCAAAAGCUACUACAGGGGUCUUUUCAAGAUUCAAUCCUUUCGCAUAA